CGCUCCCAACGGCUCAAUACGAGUUCGUCGCUCAGGCGAGCUGUGCCCGCUCCCUCCCGGUUCGACGAGAAGACCUCGAGAGUCGACGAUCGCCGUUCUCCACGCUCUUCUUCCCCCCCCCAAGCCGGGUCGCAUUUUGUGUCCUACUUUGUUCGAUCACUUUCGAUUCAUUCUUUUCUGGGUGUUUUAGCUCCCAACGAUAGAUACGAUCUUCGACUUGACAUUCUUCGAUCAGGCAGGUAGGCACAGAGAGAGAGAGAGAGAGAGAGAGAGAGAGAGUUGUUCAUGAGAAGAUAGAUUUGGUCCGUAGGCGGGGCAGAUUUUCGUCCGGGAAGUCUGAUACGCGGAGGAGGACGCAGGACCAUUUCGGGACAGGGAGGAUCGAUCAAGUUGGCCGAUCCAGAGGAAGAAUGUGUCGAGUUACAGGGGAGAGCUGAAGUGAUUCAUGUUGUUGUAGCGGACGAAUGCCGUUUGAGAAGAAUGACUUGACGCUUCCAAGAAAAGGUGUUUGGAGAGAGCAGUUUUCUACAGUCACAGACCCAAUUGAUGUUCCUCACCCACGGCGGCCAAGGAAACUAACAGGAACAAUUCUGACGUACCUGGAAAAUUGUGAAAAUGCCACCGCUUUUGACCCGAUCGCGGACGAUUCGGGGUACAACAUCGCCAGCAGAGUCGCCUGUCAAAGAUAGGGAACCGUUUACUCUGGGACCAUUUCGGCAUCAGAAAGCCUUCUCGGCUUCGAAUUCUUCUCGUAGAUCACGAACGAAUGGAGAGAAUGUACCUCCAGAUAAUGUUUAUACCGCAGCCUACGUAAAAGCCAACACUCUGAAUCAAGGUGCUGGAUCCCCGGCUCAGAGCAAAUCGGCAACGAAAGGACGCAAUGCAGGUGGUGCACUUCUCCCGGGGAGUCCUGCAUUACUCCCACGACCUCCGUCAUCUAAACCUUCUCCUGGGGGAACAAGCCGACCAAAGAAUGAGCCAACCAACGGCAACAUUCAGGAUGCCGCUGGUAGCAUCAAGCGAAAGCUUAGCUGGGAAACGAACAGCGGCGCUCUGUACGAGAAUUUCACCAACACUGUUUCAGCUGAAGUUGAUGGGAGCGAUUCCGGUGUCAAGGUAAUUGUCAGAAUGAGACCUCUGAAUGCAAAGGAGGAACAAGAGGAGGCCACGAAAGUCGUACAGAAGAUCUCAACCAAUGCGGUCUCUUUGGGUGAUCAACAAUUUACGUAUGACGCAAUAGCAGGCGAGAAUGCUUCCCAGAAAGAGGUCUUUGAAAUGGUGGGCUUGCCUAUGGUGGAGAAUUGUCUUGCGGGCUUUAAUAGCUCCAUCUUUGCCUACGGACAGACGGGAAGUGGGAAGACACACACAAUGUGGGGAGCAACGAACGAAGCAGGUGCUGAUUUACCACCAAGCAAGGACAGAGGAAUCACUCCUAGAGUGUUCGAAGAGCUCUUUGCCCGCAUGCAGCAGGAAGAGGAAUUGAACACUGACAAAGCUCUGCGGUAUCAAUGCCGUUGCUCGUUCCUGGAGAUCUACAAUGAGCAGAUUACCGAUCUGCUAGAUCCAUCACAGAAAAACCUUCAGAUUAGAGAAGAUACGAAAACUGGGGUGUACGUCUACAGUCUCUCUGAAGAGUACGUCUCUAACGUCGAUGACGUGACUCGUCUUCUACUUAAGGGACUAUCGAACAGACGGACUGGAGCCACUGUCAUGAACAAUGAAAGUUCUCGUUCUCACAGUGUGUUCACUUGCGUCAUUGAUUGUCGAUUUAAGAACUUGGCAGACGGGGUGAAUAGCGUACGGAGCAGUCGCAUGAACCUCGUUGAUUUGGCCGGGUCGGAGCGUCAGAAGCAAACCGGCGCCGCUGGAGAGAGGCUCAAAGAAGCUGGGAAUAUAAACAAGUCUUUAUCGCAACUUGGAAAUGUUAUAAACAUCCUUGCUGACGUGGCUCAAACAGGCAAACAGCGCCAUAUACCAUACCGUGACUCUCGCCUGACAUUUUUGUUGCAAGAAUCUCUUGGUGGAAAUGCCAAAUUGGCCAUGAUCUGUGCAAUAUCUCCAGCUAGCAGUUGCAAAAAUGAAACGCUGAGUACCCUGAGGUUUGCCCAAAGGGCGAAGGCCGUGCAAAACAAAGCUGUUGUGAACGAGGAAACUGCAAGUGAUGUGAAUCUCUUGCGAGAGCAGAUCCGUCAACUAAAGGACGAGCUCAUGAGGAUGAAAACCAAUAGCAGUGAAGACCAGGGUACUGGAGGCUAUUCGAAUGGGUGGAAUGCCCGUCGAAGUUACAACCUUUUGCGGCUUAGUUUAAGUCAUCCCAUGAAUAUAAGUGCAGCAGACUUGGAUCAGGAUGAUGAUCUUGAGAUGCAGAUCGAUGAAGAUGACGAUGAGAGUGGACCCGUGUCUACAAGUUCAGCCGAUACAAAGGGUGGGGUACGACCAGGAGCGUGUAGACUUGAGGCGAUUGAAGAAAAAGAUUGGCUCUCUGAUACAGUUAUGGAGAUCGAGGAAUCAGAAACGGGUGAGGUCAACUCAAAAGCUGAUGGAGAUGAUGAUCGUACGGACAUAGAAUCCAAGGUCUUUGAGGAAUAUGAUCCCAUUAGUAUUCACGAGUCUGAAGCAGAGGUGAACCUUGACGAUGAUUCCCCAAACUUGAAGACACCGGAGUCUGUCAAACUUCAAGAAUUAGUUCUUCCGAAGUUACACUCACCUCCCUUGAGUGUGUCCCCGCGACUGAAAGGAAAUACGAGAAAAGGUCUAACGGGCUCUCCACUUGCUCCUCGCGUCGAGUUGGCAGUUCAUGCCAACGUCCGCGAUUCUGCAGUUUGUGACGAAAUUUACCACUCCACCCAGGAAGGCUUUGCUGAUAGUUGUACAUCCCUGUCCCUCCAAAUGAAAAGAAAUUCUGUAGUUAGAUCAGCUGCUCGUGCAAGCAUGUCAGCAGCCAGGCCAACAGAGAGAUUGGCCGCAUGUUUACAUCGAGGUCUGCAAAUCCUUGACAACCAGCAGAGAACUUCUAUAGCUGCUGUUCGUAGUUCCAGUGCCGGGUUGAGGUUUUCCACGCAAAAUUGCGACUUCCGCAUCCCGAAAAUGAUUGGGACAGUCGACAAGGCAGUACAAACCAGUCCAACAGUUGUGGUUAGUCAGAGCACCUCCCCUCUAGUGCUCCCCUACAGUUCUGCACAGCCUCUCGAAGAAUUGUCCAGUCGUAAUUUGGAACUGGCACUGACACUGAGUGCAUCUCCCAAUGAGAUGAGAACGACCACUUCAUCCCUGAAAGACCCGCAAGAAUCACAGGGAACUGUUACUUGUGAUUCAAUUGUGGUCCCUUUUAGCAAAUUGGAAACCGGUCCUGAGUCAAUCGGCUACCUGCUUCCAGAAUCUGGAAAGGCUAAUCUCCAGUUAGACUACAACUUAUCACCUGAUAAUGUGGGCACAGAGCUGCUGAUGGAAUCCAUAUCUUUACCAAGAAUCGAGAAUGCUGAAGCUGAGUCGCCUUGCACACCAUGUGACGAAGGAGGCGAUUGUCUGCAGGAGAUAAAUACAAUGUCCUCAGAAGUUGCAGUCCAGGUUUCUCUCUCCCACUCUGUACCAGUCAGUUAUCCUUCAAGUAGCCAAGACGCCUCACAAUGGCAACUUGUAACCAUGGAUGUACCGAUAUCCACGAGUGACAGCGGUGGUAACUCAACAAGCCUUCAUGUGUCAAAGGCCGUGGAGAAUCUGCUUACGGGAGCUAUCAGGAGGGAGCGCGUCGCGGAAGAGAUGAUGUUCAAGCAAGCAGCCGAAAUCGAGCAAUUAAAUCGACUGGUACGUCAAUACAAGCAUGAACGAGAAUGCAACGCCAUACUACAUCGAACACGAGAAGAAAAAAUUGGCCGACUCGAGUCUCUCAUGGAGAGUGCUAUUCCUACAGACGAGUAUCUCAACGAAGAGUGGUCGGCACUUCUUCUCGAGCACAAGUUACUGCAAGAGAAGUUCGAUAAUCAUCCUGAGGUGACGAACUCCUCGGUGGAACAACAACGUUUACUCGAAGAGCUGAAUAAGUACCGGAUGUUUUUUGACUUGGGGGAGCGCGACGUCUUGCUUGAAGAGAUAAGUCAACUGCGAAAUCAGCUGCAAAACAUUCUUGAGCAACCUGGUUCAUCUGGUAAAAACAGGCGCCUGUCAUCAACACGCAAGUCAAUCCAAGUUGUCAACAAUCCUACAAGGGACACCGAAUGUCCAAGUACUUCCCAAGAAGCUCGUUCUCUUCACCUGUUUGCCAUUCCCCAACACCAGGAGCCCUCCCAAGUGCAGCCUGACAGUGACAUCAGUAGAGCACUCGUCGUUACUGAUGCACGCAGCAGUGAGGAAAUGCGUUGGGAAGUGGAGAAAGAAGAGUGGGAAGAACGAGAAAGAGACUGGAUGUCCGCUCUUGAAGAGAUGCGGGAUGAAGUGGAAUCAUAUAAGCGGUUGGCAGAGAAGAGAAAGCAAGAAUUUGAGUGUGAGAAAAGAUGUUCUGAAGAGGUUCAAGAAGCUUUGCAGAUGGCUAUGGUUGGUCACGCGAGGCUUCUAGAGCAAUACGCAGAACUUCAAGAGAAGCACAUUGUCUUGAUAUCCAAGCAGAGAAAGAUACGGGAAACAACGGUGGAUGUAAAGAAGAUGGCAAAGAGAGCAGGAGUAAGCAACUUUGAGUCUAGGUGGUUAGAUGCUCAAGCCACCCAGAUGGCAGCCAUGAAGGUUGAGUUUGAUGAAGAGAGAAGAGCUGCUAAAGAAGAAAUUCAAGAUUUACAAGUCCAGCUUCGAGACACAGCAGAGGCUGUACAAGCUGCAGGAGAGCUGCUCGUGCGUCUUAAGGAAGCAGAAGAGUCUGUAAUGGUAGCUCAGGACGCUGCAGCUAUUGCGGAGCAUGAUGCAAAUUCGAUAAAGAGAGACCUGGAAAAGACGAAAAGACGUCAUGCCACUGAGAUUGCGACAUUGCAACAACGGUUAUUGGAAUCACGACUGCAAAAGACUGCUGUUUGUCCGAUGUGUGUCAUGGCAGAGAGAGUGAAGUUCCAGUUCACCGAAGUAGAUGCUGAGACUGCACAAGCAACAAUAGAGGCAGAGGCACGAGCCAUGGCACUCAAGGAAGAGAAGGAAUGGAUGGCUAAGCAGCGGGAGCUGGCAGCUGAAGAGGAAAGAAGAAUGCAAAGCUUACAUGACAUGGACGAGUACUCGUCAGUUUUGACGGGAGAAUUUGACGAUCACGGAUGUGAUUCUGAAGGCCUACACCUAGAGGAGUUUGACGAUCUUGACCACUUGUUUAUGCCCUCUGAGGGCCCCUCUGUCAAUAUAUGUACACCAGAAAAGCGGUGAUCACCUUAUAGUUUGUUUCUUUUUCCUGGUAUUUGGCAACGUCAUAUUCACUCGAUCGAUGACAGAACAAGGGCAGCGCGGUAUAUCGCUGCCAGUUCUACAGUCAUGCGGUGUGAAAAUAGUUAAGUUUUGCAGCCAGGUUGUGCAGGCUGGUGCAUUGUGGAAACACCUAUAUCGGUCUCAUGGAGCACCAACCUUAGUUUUGCACGGAAAAUCUCAUUCUGUGCAGGCAGUGAGAAGAGACAAUCACAGUUUCGCUGCCGUGGACAACGUAUAACGAGACUCUAGAAUGUCGAAUCCUAACCUGACACAAUAUUUUCCUGAAGUCUCAGGUUUGAUCUAGACUUAUUGCGGUAGAUCAAUAUUAGCUUUCUGUAAAGUUAGGUUAACAUAAUAGAUUUUAGACAAGUUCAGAAUGGUAACGCACCAUUCUGAGGCGGAGUAGCACACCAUUAUUCUUUUAGGCAUAUUCGAUGUUCAGCUUCUAAAUUUAAAUAAAAUCCAAAGCUGUCCAUUUGC